CGCUCAAGAGAACAUAAUGAUGAUUGAAAGGGAAGAGCAAAGAAAGGAUUUCAUUGAAAAAACGACGGUAACCCUUACACUUCCUUCGAUAAAUCCCGUAAUGCAAGAUGAAAUGUUCAUAGCAAACAUAGAGCAAGUUAAAUCGCUACAAGCUUCGUUAUUUCCAAUAUGCAGUAAAGGGACGUUCAUCUCGAACUUUCUCCAAAACAAUAUUAAAACCAAUCAGUUAGAAAUAAAUACAGACAUAAGAACAUUCCGCACAACAGCAAAAUUAAAAGAACCAAGAGAUUUGUUUGCACUUCCAAAAGAGCUUGAUUGUCCUCAGCAAGCUCCUCGAUGGCCCACAGAAUGUCAAGUAGUAGAAGAAAAAAUUCAACACAUUAUUUGGAGCCCCGCAUCUCCUGAACCAUAUUACAUAUCAUCAGGGAAAGAGUUACAACCACAACCUGUCGGUGAAGAUGCAGGAACAGUGAUCUUUCAAUAUUAUCCAAUGAGUGCCGUCAACUAUUUCAGUCGCUCCACUGUCGGAGGAUCACGCUUAUAUUUAUCAGCGUGUGCAAGUGCCGGAGGAGAAGAUGAACUAAAAUUUGAAUCUCGUUUCGAAAGUGGAAAUUUAGCAAAAGCAAUCCGCAUAACUUCAGCAUAUUAUGAAUUGCAUCUCCGCACUGACCUUUAUACUAAUAGGCAUAUGCAAUGGUUCUAUUUCAGAGUCACGAACACAAAAAAGCAAAUGACAUACAGAUUUUCCAUAGUGAACUUAUCAAAAGCCGAAAGCUUAUACAAUGAGGGCAUGCGACCUUUAUUAUACUCAACCAAGGACGCUCAGUUGCAUUCGAUCGGCUGGAGACGAUGCGGUGAUAACAUCGCUUACUAUAAAAACGAUUCAUCGUCGGAAGAAGAAGAGCAAUUUCCAAGUUACACGUUAACUUUCAAUAUAGAAUUCCCUCACACCGAUGAUGCUGUGUAUAUUGCGCAUUGUUACCCAUACACUUACUCCGAUUUACAAGAAUAUCUAUCUAAAUUACAAUCUCAUCCCGUCAAAUCAACGUAUGCUAAACUAAGGCUACUUUGUAGAACAUUAGCUGGGAACAAUGUAUAUUAUCUAACUGUAACAGCUCCACCGAGUUCUUCUGAAACAGAGCAAAAGAAAAAGAAAGCUGUUGUUAUAACAGCAAGAGUUCACCCGGGUGAAACUCCUUCAUCUUGGAUGAUGAAAGGUUUUAUGGAUUAUCUAACUGGAGAUUCGAAUCAAGCUCGUGAAUUAAGGGAAAAGUUUAUAUUCAAACUCGUACCCAUGUUGAAUCCUGAUGGAGUAAUCGUUGGUAACAAUCGAUGUUCACUGACCGGAAAGGAUUUGAAUAGACAAUAUCGAACAGUUAUACGGGAAACAUAUCCACCAGUCUGGCAUACAAAAGUGAUGAUACGGAGACUACAGGAAGAAUGUGGUGUAGCAAUGUAUGUCGACCUCCACGCACAUUCCCGAAAACACAAUAUAUUUAUUUACGGAUGUGAAAGCCGAAAAACUUCUGACAAACGUUUACAGGAACAAGUUUUUCCUUUGAUGCUUCACAAAAAUGCGGCCGAUAAGUUCUCAUUCGAAAACUGCAAAUUCAGGAUACAACGCAGUAAGGAAGGCACUGGCCGGGUCGUAGUUUGGAUGUUAGGAGUCUCUAAUAGCUACACAAUGGAAGCAUCUUUUGGCGGUUCAGAACUGGGAAGCAGAAUGUCAACACAUUUUUCUGUUCAAGACUAUGAAAGUCUAGGAAGAACAUUCUGUGAGACGUUGCUUGAUUUUUGUGAUGAAGAUCCUAGUAAAGAACGACUAAGAACAAAAAUUGUCACCAGACUCUUGAAAGAAGGAUCAAAUGCAGAUGAGCCAACAAAUAUUGAUUUAUCAGACUAUUCAAGUGAUGAAGGAGACACGUCGAGCAGUAGUUCCGAAGGCGGACACAGAAGAGAAUCAACAAAACAGCCCGCACCGCCACCUUCACCGAUAUUUCCCGAUAUAAAUAAAAAUUUAAAUGAGAAACCAAGAAAACCACGACCGAGACUAGAAAAGAUGAAACGAAUUGAAAAGAAAAAAACGAAACGGGAAACUUUACAGGUAUCUCGAGCAACAAUAGAUUUAACAUCAGAUGCCAUGACGGACAUGUCAUCGGAUGCUGAAUCGUACGACGGGAACCACAGUCCUAUGAGAAGAGUUCAGAAACUGAUACACUCAUCAAUGAAAGUCAAACCAAGGCGGAAGAAAAAAAUGCCACCCGAACUGAAAAUCGUAAAAGCACAGACAAGUGAUUCGCCUUAUCAUUCCGAUCAUGAAAAGUCCUUGAAAUGUAGACGACCGAGAAGUGUAUCAAUGUUUAACGAAACAACAGAGAAACCGAGACUGAAUCCCGCAUCAUGGCACCAAUUUAGGUGUUUACCACCAGCAAAGUAUGUCACAACUUCACAAGUUCUAAUUCUAUAGUUCACAAUAACUAUUAAUUAUGAAAUAAUUAAU